AUGGUCUAUACAAGAGAAGUUUCGCUUUUGCUUUCCGGCCUGGCUGCAGCGGUGGUCGGCGCCGACAUCCGCAUCGACACCGACUUCUCCGCAGUCUCGUGGGCUGAUCCCCGAGUUGAUAUAUUUGGCGUCGGGCCAGAUGAAUCAUCCCUCUGGCACAAGUUCUGGACCGGUUAUGACUGGCAGCCGCGGGGCGGCUUCGAGCGUGUCCCAGCUGCCGAGGCCGGCCCUCCCUCCACCAGUUCUUGGUAUGAGGGCCGACUUGACGUCGUGUAUGUGAACGCCUCUGGCAGCAAUGUGCUCCACAAGUACUAUGACGAUGCCUGGGGUGGCUGGGGUCCCUCUUGGGAGGACGUCGAGGACCUCGGCGGCAACGUCACGUUCGUCACCAGCACCUCCAGGAGUCCGGACAGACUGGAUCUUGUGGGCAGGUCCGGGGACUCGUACGUCUUCAAGGCUUGGAUUCACGAAGGCUGGCUACCCAGUGGCAAGGAAUGGCAGACCUUUGGUGGUGAUUUCGCCAGUGACCCUGCCAUUGCCUCCUGGGGCCCUGGCCGUCUCGAUGUUGUCGGGAUCUCCAAGGACGGCUCCCUCGAGCAUCGGUACUACCAGCAUGGCCUAUCCAACUGGGAGACCCUUGGUGACGGUCCAUUUCACGGAACUCCCCGCAUAACCUCGUGGGGAGAGAAUAGACUAGACAUCUGGGCCUUGGGUGAGGACGGAGAAUUGAACCAUCUCUUCUGGGAUGGCACACAGUACCAAGCCUGGGAAAGCCUUGGGGGUAACUUCACCGAGAUCCCCCAAGUCGUGCAUUGGGAAGCUGGGAAAAUCGACAUCGUUGGUAAGGACGGCGACACAUUCGUGCUCAAGAAUUACGACGGUUUCAAUUGGAACGGGUGGUAUAACCUGGCGAGUUCCUUUGCAUCCGAGCCCGUCGUGCUUGCAAAGCAAGGAGAAAACUUCCUUACCGUCCUAGGUAUCGACAAUCAGGGAGGUUUGAGAAGCCAGAUCUGGAGUGGAUAUGAUUGGCAGCCUGGUCCCCAUGAGACCUGGUACCUCGGAGAUCUGGCGUGGCCAUACGGACUCAGUGAUGUGAAGAAUCAGAAGACUCUAGGGCCUGCAGGCGAGCUGAAGUAA